GUCUCCAGGGCGUGCACUUAGAUCCAAUUGUAUUAUCUUUUCAUGAUUCAUGGUCAAAAAUAUUUAUUAUUCUAUUAUCCCUUACACGUCUCUCAGGUUAUAUGAAUAAUCCUCGCUAUUUUGAUGAUUACGCUGGUUUAAAAUUAAAUUAUUUUAAACAUGAAGAUUAUAAAACAUUUAUGUUUUCCUUGAAUACAACUCAUAUUGUCAAAUGGGCUUUGAUUAAAAUGUUGCUAAGAACGUGUAGGGAUCUUGAAUCUUUAUCUGUUGAAGGAAUUCUUCCUGACACAUUAUUAGAAAUAAUUUGUAGAUACACUAAUGUUACCAACUUGAAAAUUUCUUAUAAUUACUUGAGUUAUUAUAAUUUAAAAGCUCUUUUUGAGAAUGAUGCUUUAAGUUCAUUAGAUCUUUCGGAUAAUAAAUUUUAUUAUGGAUGGUCAAAAGCUUUAAGUCUUUGUAAAAAUACCGAAUUAACUGAUUUGAAAUUCGGUCAUGAUGAACUUGAUCUUUGGUCAAACGAUUUUGGUUCACAAGGUAUAAGAGCUUUAGCAAAAGCGCUUUACAAAAAUACCUCUCUAACCACUUUAAAACUUGGUUCUACCGGAAUUCGUUUAGAUGACAUAGAGGAACUUGCAAAAGCUCUCCAUAAAAAUAAUACUUUAAAAGUAUUAGAUCAUCAAUUUAAUUAUCUCGAUUUUGAAGGUGGAAAUAUUCUUGUAGAAGGAAACAACAAAUCGACCGUAUUAAAUCUUUAUCAUAAUAAGUUUAUGUCGCAAGAAGAAAAAUUCAAAAAAGCUAAAAGAAAUAUUGUUACCUUUAAAUUCAAUAUUUAG